UCCCUGUCGCCGCGGCCUUAUCUUAAAAAUAGUACCAACAAAAAUUCCUCCUGAAUCCCCAACGUUGUUGAUAAUAUUUUUACUUUUCAAGUACAUUUAUUGUACACAAUAUAUACAAUUUUUAUAAGUUUUGUUUAUUUCUGAUGAUGUGUUAACGUUUGUUACAAUGUCUUUACUUUAUAUCAGCGAUUACGUAUGAAAAACUAUUGUUUUGAUCAAGGGUUAACGGCUCGUAUAUAAUUUCGCAUUUCAAAAGAAACGAAGAAUCAUGAAUGAAAAAAUUUAUAUUAUUAUUAUAUGUUUCACCUAAUGUUGCACCAAUAUAUUAUAUGACCAGAAUAACAACACUCAUCAUAUGUAUACAUUGUACAUUCUAAGAAUAUUGCUAAAUAUAUGGUGGAAUACUAUUUUUUUCAAUAAAAUUCAUCACAUAGGAAUACAACAAGUAGUAAAAUGGCUGAUACUCAGGUUGGAAACAUCGUCAAUGAAAUUUUGCGUGUGGAAACAGUGGAGGAGGCAUUCAGUUGUUUCUUAGUUCAUAAACCAGAGCAGGAGAAUGAGAGGCUAGCCAUGUAUCAAAAGAAGUUGAGCAAUGUGUUAACAUCAACAAGUGCUGAGGUACAAGACUCUGCAAUCCGUCAAUAUUUGACACUUACUGCAGUUCUUACGAAUAGAUAUAAAAUGAAGCAGCUAUUAACUCUGUUAGAAAACUUGGUCAAUACCAAUAUUCUUCAGGCAAGAAUGCUAUGUGACUGCAUCCUAACUAGUGAGAGGUUGACCUAUCAAAAUGCAGAUUUUUGGAUUGAAUGUUUCAAUUUGAUUAGAAGAGUAAUUGGCGGAGUUGAUUACAAAGGUGUUAGAGAGAUCAUGAAGGGUUGUCGAGAUAGAGCACUAUCACUGCCUGUAAGGCUGAAUUCAAGUAUCAUGCCUCAAAUGAAAGCUUUACACAAUGUUAUUGAAUAUAUAUUUGAUCGGAAUGCUUCCUUGUUACCUGCUUACUUUAUAGUAACUGAAAUACAGAAAGACUAUCCAGAUAAUUUCACACAUUGGCAGUUAGCAAAAUUAUUAACUACAUUUGUUGAAAGCUUCAAGCCUUGCACACAGAUGGUUUCCAUAAUUGGACACUCACAGAUGCUUCCUGUCGUCGAAUUCUCAGGCUAUGCAGAUCAUUUAGUUAACCCAUGGCGACUUGACCCAGCCACUUUGAAAUUAUGCUUAAAAGGAAAUUUGCCAUAUGAUGAAGAACUAUUAAAACCUCAGAUAGCACUACUAAAACAUGUUUUGCAACAGCCUUAUUCGAGAGAUAUGAUGUGUUCUAUGCUAGGUCUACAAAAGCAACAUAAACAAAGAUGUAUAGCCCUUGAAGACCAACUCGUUGAGCUUAUGAUACUCCCGAUGGAAAGAAGUGAGCAAGAGGAUGAUGAGGAUGAAAUGUCUUCCACACACUGGUGCUGGCUGCAUUUAUCAUCACAAGUUAUAUAUUUAAUAUUAAUAGGUUUUGCAUCAUUUCCCAAUAUAGUGAUGGGACUUCAUAGCAAAUUAAUUGGGCAUGAUUUGAAAAAAGGCAGAGAUCAUUUAAUGUGGGUAUUGCUCCAAUAUAUAUCUGGAAGUAUACAACGUAAUGCAUUGUCAACCUUUCUACCAAUUAUCAAACUCCAUGAGCUCUUAUAUCCAGAGAAGGAACCACUACCCGUACCAGACUAUACUAAAGCACAUUCCAGUCACCAAAUGGCUGUUGUUUGUAUUUGGAUGCAUUUGUUGAAGAAGGCUGAAUCGGAACAUAAAACCAUGGUGAUGCCACAAAAUCUUAAAGUUCAAUAUGAAUUCCUACAACACUUGAUGACAUCAAAUACAACACCAACUUUAUUGGGAGCAGAUUACCGUAUAGCCCUACUGUGCAAUGCAUAUUCCACCAACCAAGAAUACUAUGCGCGACCAAUGGGCAUAAUUAUAGAAUCACUAUUUGGAAACCAAAAAGCAUUACCCAAUGGAAACCCAACGGCACCAUUGCCUACAGUCCCAUUAUCAAUGUGUAUAUUAGAUAGCUUGACAUUGCAUUGCAAGAUGUCAUUAAUACACUCCAUUGUAUCACAUGUUGCUAAACUGGCACAGAAUAAAACUAAUAUUCCAGGCAGUAAUGUAAUGGCACCGGCUUUGGUGGAAACAUAUAGUCGGUUAUUGGUCUAUACAGAAAUAGAAUCUAUGGGGAUCAAAGGAUUUAUAAAUCAGUUACUACCUAAUGUGUUCAAGUCACACGCGUGGGGCAUUCUUCACAAUCUUUUAGACAUGUUCUCAUAUAGAAUACACCAUAUACAGCCACAUUAUAGGGUCACCUUGCUGUCUAAUAUCCACUCAUUGGCGGCAUAUCCUCAAGCAAAUCAGACUCAGUUACAACUGUGCUUCGAAAGCACUGCCUUACGUUUGAUUACAAGCCUGGGCAGCUCAGGUGUUCAAUUGCAGAUGUCACGUGUGGUAUCUGAACCGAAGUCUCUAGUCUCAAGUGAAAGUGAGGAGUUGAAUAGAGUGUUGGUACUGACAUUGGCAAGAGGAAUCUAUAUGACUGGUGCUGGAAGUGACGGUGCUGCAGUGAAGGAACUCCUCACCACAAUAAUGACUAAUACACCUCACAUGUGGUCUCAGCACACGUUGCAGUGUUUUCCGCCAGUACUUGUGGAGUUCUUUGCGCAGAACCCAGCCCCAAAGGAAAAUAAGCAGCUCCUUAAGAAGUCUGUGGAGGAGGAAUAUCGCAAAUGGACGUCGAUGGCUAAUGAUAACGACAUCAUCUCCCACUUCUCUGUGCCGGGCACGCCUCUGUUCUUGUGUCUGCUGUGGAAGAUGAUCUUUGAGACAAACAGAAUAAACCCAAUUGCUUUUAAGAUUCUAGAGCGUAUAGGCGCUAGGGCGUUAUCAGCGCACCUUCGAAAGUUCUGCGACUAUCUCGUUUUCGAGGUGACGAACCCGGCGGGCGGGCCGCAUAUCAACAAAUGUGUAGACGCCAUUAACGACAUUAUAUGGAAGUACAACAUCGUCACAAUCGACAGACUCGUGCUCUGCUUGGUAUUGAGGCCAAACCCGGACGGUAAUGAGAGCCAAGUGUGCCUAUAUAUAAUUCAACUUUUACUUCUGAAGGGCUCUGAGCUAAGGAACAGAGCACAGGACUUUGUCAAGGAAAACUCCCCGGAACAUUGGAAACAAAAUAAUUGGUAUGACAAGCAUCUGGCCUUACACCGUAAGUAUCCUGAAAAAUUCGCUCCAGAAGAAUCUAACGGUGCAUACGGGGCCCCUAUACCAGUCUACCUCAGCAAUGUGUGUUUGCGAUUCAUUCCGGUUUUGGAUAUUGUUGUGCAUAGACAUCUGGAAAUUCCGCAAGUGUGCAAAAAUCUUGAGCAACUUUUGGAACACCUUGGGUAUCUGUACAAGUUUCAUGACAGGCCAGUAACUUUCCUAUACAACACUCUUCACUACUACGAGACGAAGCUUCGCGAUAAGCCUUUAUUGAAACGUAAGCUGGUACACGCGGUUCUGAGCGCUCUUAAGGAUGUCAGGUCCAAUGGUUGGGCGACCACGGAGCCAUUUCAGAUUUACAUUAGCAAGACUGAUACUGACACAACCACGUGGAUCCCAGAUUUAAACUAUUACUUGAACUUGGUCAAUCGGAUGGUGGAUACCAUGACAGGUAUUUCGCACUUUCCCAACACGGACUGGCGAUUCAACGAAUACCCGAAUCCGUCCGCUCAUUGUCUGUAUGUGACGUGCGUGGAAAUAAUGUCGUUACCGAUAGCCCCCAAUAUUGUCGGCAACAGUAUACUGGAUGUAAUAACAGUGGGCUUCAUCGUCAUACCGUCCGACAAACUGCAGUUAUGGAUCAAUGCUAUCGGCAUCAUCAUGGCGGCUUUACCAGAAGCAUACUGGGUGGUUCUUUACGACCGGAUUUUGGAGUUAAUUUCUACUCCCGAACUGGUUGAAUGGACAAGCGAAUAUACUCCGUUCCAAUUGUUUGCUUUGAAUACAAAUUAUGAUGCAAUGGUCGAGAAUAAGUAUAGUUUUCUGUUAGCGCUGGCCCAUGCUUUCUGGUAUCAUGCUGGAGCCGGACUUAUUAUGUUGAUGCCGACAUUUGUGAAGGAUAAACUCGCCCCUGAGAUUCGCACUGAGACCCAGCUGUUAUAUUUAUGCCAUCUAGUGGGCCCAUACUUACAACGAUUCAAUUCGGACCUAUCAAGGGCUGUCGGGGACAUCACAAUAACGUUGUAUGAACUAUUGGAGAAGAUUGACAAGACACAAACCAAUCUGGUGUACAUUGACCCCAUAUGCGAUUUAUUAUACCACAUCAAAUACAUGUUCGUGGGUGAUGUGCUAAAGAAUGAACUGGAGACGGUGAUCAGAAAGCUGCGUCCCGCGUUGCAGAUGCGGCUUCGUUUUAUCACACAUCUCAACGUGGAACAAAUUAAUGUUGCCUAGCAUAACGAUUACUACAGUUAUACGCCUUCGAGCACUAGCUCUAGCUCGGAAUAAAGUAUACACUGUAGUAACAAGACUGUAACUCAAGUGAAUUGUGUGUUCUUCUGGCGGGUCCAGACGAUAUUAGAUUUGCCGUAAGGCCUCAAUUACACGAGGGUUAAAAUGGUAUCGUGUGAAACCCAAAUCUAAAUACCACAAGGGUAAAUAUACCCAACUCGUUCCUUCCACAUAAUUUUAACACUAACCGUAGUAGCGUUUAAGAAGGAAUUUCCUAUCGUAUUGUGUAUUUACUAGUGAGAAUUGCUGUAUGUAUUCUUUUUGAAGGGGUGAUGUAUAAAUAGUAGUCUAUGCUUUAUCUCUAAAUAAAUACUUACCCCAGUGAUUAUAUAGUAAUAAUAGAAUUACCAAAGUGUAUUCAAUCGGUAUUAUAAACACUGCAAUUAAUUUAUAAUCGUGUUCAAUUAUAUUUAAAAAAUGCUCAAUUUGCAACGAAAUUCUCGCAAAUAUUAAGUUUAUUAAUAUGUAAAAAUAAUACUUGUAACAUUUAUGUAUCUUGACAAUUAAGAGAAUGACUUAUGGAUGUUAAGCUUAGACUGAAUAUUUGUGGAUUAUUUAUUAAAAGUUUAAUUGAUUUUAGUUUCGCUAGGGCUAUAAAAAAAUUAGCAGUGUAAUCAUUCUUUUGUUGUGCAAACACUGGUUAUAAGGGCUAAGAGAAAAGCACUUGUAAUUCUAAACCAAAAGGCACCUCCACAUGAUAUUGUUGUCAUGCAUAGUAUUUUUCACGAUUAACUUAUCGCCACGCAUCUGUCCCUGCUGGCGGCAUUUUUGCAUCAUGCUAUCAAAUUUUUUUAAGCACGAAAUUGAGUAGAGCCGUCCUGUUGAAGUUUACAGUAAGUGGUCGUUCGUGGACAUAACCCAACAAAAGAAGGACGUAUUCUUCAGGAUUCACUCGCCCGUGGAGACAGCGCCUAAAUGGGAAAUCCUCUUAUGUUUAAUAAACAUUUUACUGUCAUCACAAGUAAUUUGCUACAAGUUGUCCAAACUUAUUCCACUGCACUAUAUCACAUGUAUUAUACAUUUAUAUAAAUAAUUUAAAUUAAUAUUAAUACAAUUAAACAACGAUGAUAAAAGUAAUAUUACUGAACAAUAAUUAAUACAGUUGGCCACUUUAAUUUAUAAAAUUGUUUAAGUGCACUAUAUCUACAUACACAAUGUAUGUAGGUAUAUAAAAUAAAUGAUCAAAAUGAUUUAUCCCACUGCACUAUUUUUCAUGCUAACUGUAUAUUUGUCAUAUGAUUGAAUUUAAUUAAGAAAUAUGAUCAAAACCAUAUUAAUCAAUAAUUUUAACAAUAAUAAUGUGUGUCACAAUCAAGUGAAGAUUAUUUAUGUACUUUAUUGUACUAAUAGUUAGUAACAUUAGUAGUUAAGUAGGUAUUAAUAAUUUGAAUAGUAAGACUUGUAAUAUUUAAAAAAAAAUCAAUUUGCAUUGUCUUAGUAAAUAAUAAUUAUAAGACACAUCAGAACAAGAUCACUAUAACAAUUUAGUUAAAUUUUCACAAUUAUUUAUAAAUUUUAUGAUAAGAUAUUGUAAUAGUGUUACCAAUUCAGUCUAAUAAAAUGGUAUUUUGCAAUAACUUUUUUCUGUAAACCUUGAAUAAUAUUCAUUCUAACUUAUUAAAAGUUCUAAGAAUUAAUGUAUUACAGUGUUCUGUGUUAGUCUAAUAAAAGUACUUUUGUAUCAACAAGUAACAUCAGUAAAGUGCUGAUUCAACUUGACUUUGUCUUUGCGCAUUGCGAGAAUCUUGUAACACCACAGGAAGAUAGAAAGUCUAGACUUUGUA